CACUCGUCGUGCUGUUUCGUAAACUCAGCAAGGUGUGGUUUCAGUCCAAAAAGCAGCUUAUUUCCGUCUAUUCACAGAGCGGCAUUAUCUGCGCAACAGGGCAGGAGACGGGGCGGAGAAAAGCGCGCAGUGGGUCCGCUGUCCGGACAGCAAGAGCAGAAACAAUAAGGAAAAGAAGCAACAACAACAAAUAUAUACAGAUAUAUAUAUUAAAGCAGGGAAAAAAGCAACAACAACUCGGGACAAAAUGAGUCAUUAUGGCUCUGACCCUAGACUGGCCUCUUUGGGGCCGAGGAAUAACUCUCGCACCGACUUGAAUUCUUUCAGAAACGACGUGUUCAUGACUGGAAACGGCUACCAGGCAGAGUUCCAGCAAAUGGAGCCAGGAUACUCCUACCAGACCCACACCAAGUCCUCCAUGUACGGCGGAGGCGGUGGCACCAUAAAGGUGUCCCAAGGGACCCUCGGACCUGGUGCAGUAAGCCCGAUGGUGCUUCAGCAAAAAGCUGGUAUCCUGGUAGGCCAAAGUCAUGAGUAUUUGGAGAAGGCUAAUAUUAUUCUGACCUCUGGAGGUUCAAUGAUUGACGCAGAGAGAUUCAUACUAAUGGCUGGAGAAAGCCUUCAAAGGCUGAAUAUUAUUUGCAGAGAUCUGAUGGAGAUGCGUAUACCGUCUGAUGCUCCAAGAGAAUGUGAAAUGCUGCAACAUAGGUUUAACUCCAUCAAACAGAAAAUGGCCGGAUAUGGGACUAUGAAGGGUAACAGAGGCAGUGUUGGCAGUGAUGGUGGGAGGUUGUUGAAUGACGCCAUCAGCUGGAUUAACCAGCAGAAGCGGAUCAUUGAGACAACACCGUUUGGAGACGACUCCCACGCCAUAGGAGAGCAAAUUGUUGCCCACAAUAGAUUCCACAGCUCUAUUCAAAGAAGCACAGAAGUAACACGUGCCAGAGAGGAACUGAAGGCAAUAGGCGAUAAGUACCACCUUACCAUCCUGGAACAAGAAAUGGACAGCCUACAGAAAAUGUCCAACAAUCGCAAGAGUCAACUUACUGAACUUCAGUUCAUCAUUGACGAGGUCUCUCGAGCCAUCAUGUGGGUGAAUGAAAAAGAGGAGGAGGAGCUGGUGUUUGACUGGGGAGACAAAAACAUCGACAGCUAUAUCCCCAAGAAGCAGGAGAGCUACUCUAAGCUAAUGAGGGACUUGGAGGAGAAGGAGAAGGAGUUAAACAAGCUGAAACAGAAAACAUCUGGUCUCCUGAGCAAUAACCAUCCUGCCUCAGAUAAAAUUGAAGCCUACAUGGACACCCUGCAGACGCAGUGGAGCUGGCUUCUUCAGAUCACAAAAUGUAUCCAAGUUCAUCUGAAGGAGAACGCUGCUUACAGCCAAUUCUUUAAGGAGGCAAAUGAAAUCAAUGCAAAGCUUCAGAAGCAACAUGAGACCAUCAGGACCAAAUUCAUAUGUGACAAGAACACUAGUCUAGAGAACCUAAUGGAACUUCUGAAAAAUCUGGAGAAAGAGAAAGAUCGGAUCAUGGAGAAUAAGAGGCAUGUCCACAGUCUGGUCAGCAAGUCAAAGUCCAUCGUCAGACUUAAGCCUCGAAACCCUGAGGAGAAAUCCACCAGCCCCAUCAUGGUUGAAGCCUUGUGUGACUUUAAGCAGGACCAGAAAGGUAUAUUGAAAGGGAACGAGGGUAUUCUGAAAGACAAUUCUCAGCGCUCCAAAUGGCUUGUGACAGGACCUGGAGGUCUGGACAUGCAGAUUCCCUCAGUGUGCCUGGUUAUCCCACCUCCAAAUCCACUUAGCAUCGGAGUUGCUUCGAAAAAUGAGCAGUAUUAUGAGGCCAUCAUGGCCCUUUGGAAUCAGCUCUUCAUCAACAUCAAGAGUCUCAUCGCCUGGCAGUAUUGCCUCAAAGAUGUCAACUACAUUAAUUCCCUCACCCUUAGCAUGCUGUCGAAGAUGCGUCCUGAGGAGUACCGCAGCAUCAUCAAAAGACUGGAGACUCAUUACCAGGAGUUCCUCCGCACAAGCCAGGGUUCUGAUUUGUUUGGGGAAGAGGAUAAGAAAACCAUUCAGGGCCACUUUGACAAGGCUCAAGAGCACUAUGAUACAUUGAUCAUUCAGCUAACCAACAACCACGGGGAAAAAGGGAAGCCUGAAGCCCCAAAGCCAGAAGACCAAGUCCCCACCAAACAACCAACCAAAACCACCACUGUCAUCAGCCUAUCAUUGCUCACCAAUCUGCAAGAAAUACGUCGCAGGCUGGAAAUAGCUGAAUCCAGCAUCACUGACCAUCUCCAUGUUCCUCUGGGGGAAAACGGUGUGCACCAGUGCUCAGUGCACAUUCAGAAUCUUGAGGGUGCACACCAAGAUCUAGAGUCAAUUUACAAUGAGUAUAUGCACCUAAGAGAAAUGAUUACAAAGCAGCUAAAGGGGGUUCCUGCAGACUCAGAGCAGGCCAAGUUCCUCCGCUCAGAACUGGAAAUAAUCAACCAAAAAUUGGGCGGCUUACAGCAUCUCUACUCAAUCUACAUUCAGAGAUUGACUGCACUAAAGGCUUUACUCCAAAGCCUUCUCCAAGCUGAGGAUAUUAUUAAAGUUCACGAGGCCAGACUGACAGAGAAGGAAACCAGUUCCACAGACCCUCAAGAACUGGAAAACCACCGGAGUGCUCUAAGGAACAUGAAGCUCGAACUUGAACAGAGACGGGACCUGCUGACUUCCAUGGAGUCCAACAUGGCUGAAGCAGUGCACUGUAACACGCAGAUUUCCGAGUCUUUCCACAGAUGUGAUGUGGAUUUGUCCAAGUACUCUGAACUGGUAGGCCAGCUGAGCGACCGCUGGCGCCGCAUUCAAAACCAGAUUGAUAGCAGAAUGCUGGACCUGGACAAACAAAAGGAGCAGUUAACACAAUAUCAGCAGGACAGAAAUUCCAUGGAGCAUUGGAUAGACAAUACCAGGAAACGCCAGGACACCCUUCAAACGGCCAAGUUCACUGAUAUCCAGAUGUUGAAUGACUAUCUUAACCAACAAAAGGCUCUUCAUAAUGAGAUCAAAGCCAAGAAGGAGAAAGUUGAGGAUGUUCAGAGAAAUGCUGACAAUUGUGCUACUUCCAUAAAGGAUUAUGAGCUGCAGCUUGCUUCUUACAGUUCAGGUCUGGAAACUUUGCUUAAUGUCCCAAUCAAGAGAACAUUGCUCCAGUCUCCAGCCUCUUAUGUCAGAAAAGAGGCUGGUGAACUUCAGGAACAUUACAUCGAGCUGCUUACCCGCUCCAGCGAUUAUUACAAGUUCCUGGGUGACUUGCUGAAAAACAUGGAAGAGCUGAAGUUAAGAAACACCCGGAUUGAGAUGUUAGAGGAGGACCUGAGGCGUCUCCAGGAUGAACUGCAAGAUCAAAAACAAAAAAAUAGGUCUCUUGAGGAUACGUUGGCCAACUACAAGCUGGAACUCAGUCAGUGUAAAAAUGAACUCAUAUCAGUGCAAGAAGUGAAGAGAACUACAGUAAUGCAAGUCAAUGCUGCUAAAGAGAGCCUUGAUAGCACACAGGGCCAGAUUCAACAUCUUAACGAGGAACUGACCCGUCUUAAAUAUCAGCUUGAAGAGGAAAAGAGGAAAAGACGGCUUGCGGAAGAGCGCUACUCAAGCCAGCAGGAGGAGUAUGAGGCAGCAGUCCGUCGCAGGCAGAAAGAACUGGAGGAGGUUAGCUGGAUAAAGAUAGAUCUAGAGAAGUCGGUGAAGGACAAAGAACGUGAAAUUGAAAGACUGAAGAUGCAGCUAGAGGAGGAAGCUACACGCCGGCGAAAUGCAGAGUCAGAUAUAUCAAAGGUAAGAACACAGUGCACCCAGGAGAUAAGUCAGCUCAAACAGACAUAUGAGACACAGAUCCACAUCACCAAGACCACCAUUCAGAAAGUGUCCCAGCAGAGGGAUGAAGAUGCAGCAGAGUUAAGGCUGCAAGUAGACCGGCUUACUGCCGAGAAAAGAGAUCUGGAAGAAGAGCUCAGAAGACAGAGACAAUCCAUUGCCCUUAUAGAAAUGCAGAAGAGCAAGGCAGAACAGGAAGCCAGCCAGCAGAUGGCCUCAGUGACUCAAGAGACGAGGAUUCGUACCGAGCUGGAACAGCAGUUGAGAACUAUCAAACAGCAGAGAGAAGAAGAUGAGCUGCAAUUGAAGGAAUCCAAAAAAGAAAAUCAGGAAAAGUCCAGGAAAAUCAGUGUGCUAACAUUUAACCUGGAGGAAGAGGGCAAAAAGAGAAGAGCUCUGGAACUGGAAAUCAAUCACCUGAAGCAAGCCGAGGCAGAACUGAGGUCAAAGAGCAACUCUUACCUUGAGACAAUUAACAAGCUCAAAGUGACUGAACAGGAGAUCCACAUCACCAGAGUGGAGCUUGAAAAGCAGACCAGUGAGAAAGCCAAGGCUGAACAGAGUACUGCUAGGCUCCAGAGCCGUAUCAGGGAACUGCAGUGUUCUCUGGAUGAGAUGGAAGCUGAGAUGGAAAAGCAAAAAAAGGCAACACAAGAGGAAUUUACCCGUAGAAAGAGGAUGGAAUCAGAGUUGGAGAGGAUGACACGAACGUGCAGAGAGCAUACCACCACAAUUAACUCGCUGAAAUCAGUUCAGAUAGAGGUCACAAACACUGGGAGGAAGUAUGAGCAGGAAAUCAAGGCUCUCCAGGAGCAACUGGACAAGAGCCUAAGGGAUCAUAAAGCCACCAAGGAAGAACUGGCAGCUGUGACAAAUGAGCUCAAAACACUGAAACAAAAACUCCAGCAAGAGCAGGUGCGAGUUCAUGAGCUCAACCAGCGCAAUGAAAGCCUGUAUAAGACAAUCGAAGAGAAGAGUCGCCAGCUCAAUGACUUCAACACUGAGAUAGAAAAGCUGAAAACUCUUACACAGAACCUGACCAAAGAGAGACUGAGGGUGGAGGAAGAGCUGAGGGCAGUACGACAGGAGAGAGAUGAACUGAAAAAUAGCAAAGAUGCUAUCGAUGCAGAAAGUGCCACUCAGAUAUCAGCCUUGCAUGUCCAGCUUCAGACUAGCUCCAAGAGGACAUCAGAGCUCCAGUUUCUCAUCAGUGACCUGACCAAGGAGAGAGAAAAGCUUAAAAUGGAAAUAGAAAAAUUCCAAAAGCAGUCAAUUGAGACCUCCCAGUUGGUGCACGUGUCCGAAAGUAAAUACAGUGAGCUACAGCUGGAGAGAGAUAGCUUGCUCUCCAGACUUAAACUACUGGAACAGGACAAGAACCGUAACCAGAGAUUAGAAGAAGAGCUUGCUCGACUCAAACUCUCUCUAGAAACAGAGAUACGCAGCAAACAGCGUUUGCAGGAUGAAAAAAAUUCUGUUCUUAAAGAAUUCACCACUAUAAAAAGCCAAUACGAGUUUAAAGAAACCCAGAUUAGACAAUGCGAGUCAGACAGAGACAAGGCUGACAGAGAGAGGCUGUCCCUUAAGAAUGAAAUUGAGAGGUUGAUGAGGGAGCUGAAUAUUGUGGAGGAGAGGUACAAGAGUCGUCUCAUGAUCUCAGAAAAGGAGGCAUCUGAAUUGGCUCAAAAGAGACAAGAGUUGGAGAGAGAGAUUCUCAGACUCAAACAGAGACCAGCUACACUUAACAUUCAUACCCAAACAGAUGAGAAGGUCAUGACGAUUGAUCCAUCAAAGCUUGUAUUUGACGGGGUACGCCGCAAAGUCACAGCCCACCAGCUCUGUGACUGUGGUAUUAUCAGUAAAGCGACCCUGGAGCUGCUUCUAAAUGGUAAAAAGACAGUGGAGGAAGUAGCUGUGGACAUCCAGCUUAGUCUAAAGGGCACUGGCAUUAUUGCUGGGAUGGUGACAGGUUCACAUGGGAAAAUGCCUUUCACUGAAGCCAAACACAGGAAUCUCAUUGGCCCAGAGAGUGCUCUCAUGCUCUUGGAAGCUCAAGCAGCAACAGGCUACAUCGUGGACCCUGCCUUUAAUGAAAGGAUGCCUGUAGAUACUGCCUGUUCAAGAGGGAUUGUAGAUACAGAAGAUAGAGAUAUUUUGUUAAAAGCUGAAGCCGCUAGCAUAGGGUUUAAAGAUCCGUAUACCGGCAAGGUGCUGUCUGUGGGACAGGCCUGUAAGAAGGGUCACGUUGACAAAGAAACUGCAAUCCGGUUGCUCCAGGCUCAGGAGUCUGUUGGGGGCAUAAUAGACCCUGUUCUAAGUGUGUUCCUUCCAAAAGAUCUUGCCUUGGAUCGGAAUCUUAUAGACGAGGAUCUAUACAGGGCUUUGAAUAAAAGGCCUACUGCCUACCUGGACCCAGCAAAUGAAGAGAAGGUCACAUAUAGUGACCUUAGAAGGAAGUGUACGGCUGAACCGGUGUCUGGUUUGCUCCUGCUUCGUGGUCCAGAGAAGCCCAUGACAGUGAAGGGUUUCCGUGGUGAUGUCUCUAUCGAUGAACUAGUUAAAUCUGAGCUGCUGGAUAAAACUGAUGUGGAAAAGCUCAAUCAGGGUAAAAUCACCACAAAAGACAUAGAAGACAAGUUAAAGUCCUAUCUCUAUGGCUCGACCUGUAUUGCAGGUAUCUAUGAUGAGGCCAAUGACAGGAUAAUGCCUUUGUAUCAGGCAAUGAAGGAAGGAUUGUUAAUGAGAGGAACCACUUUAGAGCUUCUGGAAGCUCAAGCUGCAUCAGGCUUCGUUGUAGAUCCAGUUAACAAUGUUUUCCUAACUGUAGAAGAAGCUACAAAAAGAGGCAUUGUAGGGAAGGAGUUCAAGAAUAAGCUCCUGUCGGCAGAGAAGGCAGUAACUGGAUACAGAGAUCCAGGUACAGGAAAGACAAUCUCCCUCUUCCAGGCUAUUGAGAAAGAUAUUAUUGAGAGAGGUCAUGGAAUCCGGCUGCUGGAGGCCCAAAUUGCAAGCGGUGGAAUUAUUGACCCAGUUGAGAGCCACCGUAUUGAUGUCUCUGUUGCCUAUAAAAGAGGAUAUUUUGAUGAGGAAAUGAAUGAGAUUUUAACUUAUGAAGGGGAUGACACAAAAGGAUUUUUUGACCCUAAUACCAAGGAGAACUUGACCUAUCUUCAACUAAAGGAGAGAUGCAUCAAAGAUGCCAAAACAGGCCUAAUACUCCUGCCCCUCAAAGACAAGAAAAAGGCUCAGCAAACUCAGGAAAGUCGCACCAAUGUGCUACGCAAAAGGCGUGUUGUAAUUGUUGAUCCAGACACAGGGCUUGAGAUGUCAGUCAGGGAGGCCUAUCACAAGGAGCUAAUUGACUAUGAAACAUUCCUGGACCUUUCUGAGCAGGAAUGUGAGUGGGAGGAAAUCACUAUCACUGGAUCAGAUGGGACUGCACGUUUGGUCAUUGUGGACCGAAAAACUGGAACCCAGUAUGACGUUCAGGACUGCAUAGACCGUGCUCUCAUUGACCAAAAGAUGUUGGAUCAGUACCGUGCUGGAACAGUAACUUUGACUGAGUUAGCUGACAAAAUUGCUAGCAGGACCAGCAGCACUGAAAUGACUAUUUCAACCAGUAGUGUUGAUGACAUGGUCACAUGCAGCAGCCCCACCCAAGCCACUCCAUCUUCUCCUACUGUUCGUAAACGCUUCAACAGCAUCUCAAUUACAGUCUCUCCCCCUGGAAUGUUUGAUGACCAAAGCCCUGUAGCAGCCAUAUUUGACACAGAGACUUUAGAGAAAAUAACUAUUCUUGAAGCUCUCAAAAGAGGUAUUGUUGACACUAUUACUGCACAAAGGUUGCUGGAGGCUCAGGCCUGCACAGGUGGCAUCAUCAACCCUGCAACCGGUGACCGUCUUUCACUUGACGAUGCAGUCCAUCAGAGCAUCCUAGAUGAAAACAUGGCCUCUAAACUGAAAGCAGCCCAAAAAGCCUAUGUUGGUUUUGAGGAUUUGAAAACCAAACGGAAGCUUUCUGUAGCUGAGGCAGUAAAGGAGACCUGGCUUCCUUAUGAGGCAGGCCAGAGAUUUAUGGAGUUUCAGUAUUUGACAGGAGGCCUAAUAGAACCUCACAAAGGGCGUCGCAUCAGCAUUGAAGAGGCCAUCCGGAAAGGCUGGCUAGAUGGUAAAGGGGCACAGAAGCUGCAGGAAUCCCGGAACCUACCAAAGAAUUUGACCUGUCCUAAGACUAAGCUGAAGAUCUCCUACAAAGAAGCCAUGGAUAACUGCAUGGUGGAGGAAGGCAAUGGAAUGAAGAUGCUGCAGGCCUCGUCUAUCUCCAGCAAAGGAAUAAGCAGCCCCUAUAAUGUCUCAAACCCUGGAUCUCGCUCUGGUUCCAGGGCUGGUUCGAGGAGUGGAUCUCGUAGGGGCAGUGUUGACUAUACCUCAAGUUACUCCUACAGUUUCUCCUCAAACAGUACCACUUAUUAAACACUCACGCUUAAUGCAAACCAAAUUAUUGAGCUGUUUUCCAAUUUUAUUGUUUUCUUAUUAUGUUUUAUGUUUAAACAUAGCUGAGUUUAUUGUUCAAUGUUAAUCAGUCUAGAUUUAUAUAAGAUUUGCUUGUUUUCAAUUUCUUUAUGGUAGGGUAGUUUGUAGUUGUGAUAUAAGCUGACAUCUUUGUAGUAACAUGUUUUUAACUUGCUACAAAUAAUUUUUACAUACCAUUUAUGUUAAAAUUAUAAAUUUAGUCUUGUUUUUUUUUUCUGUUCAAACUAACUUCACGCACCCAGUAUAGCUGUAAUCAAUCAUUUUCUACUCCUUUUUUUGUGUACUUUGUUGUAGCUUAAUUCAUAUAUAUUUUGCAAAUAAUGUUUUAUUGUUUACUGCAAAUGCUUAUGUUUUGUUCAAAUAAAAAAAAAAGUAAAAUACUAUUAACACUUGCAAUCCAAAUUAAGUAGUUGCAGAAAGUUCUACUAAAUAUGUACUAGUCUGGUGGCAUGAGUAAUGUGCUUAUAAAAGAGGUGACUAUGAGAAGAACAGUAAUUUUGACAAAAAAGUCUUUUAUUUUCUUUGUAUUUUUGUUGUUUUUUUACUAAACUUAGCCUCAUUAUUUGAUUUUUUUUUUUAGCAACAUUUAUAAAGCUUUAUUCAUACACAUUAUUGUCUGUUUUUGUGGUCGGCAACUACUGAUGUUUUCUUUGAAUAUUUGGAAAAUAAAACGACUUACUUUAAAUAUUGUCUGUAUGAUUUGUCAUAAAUUCAAAUAAAACUGGUUCAAAAAGUU